AUGGAAGAUACUCUAGGGUAUUUCGACGAAGAAAGGGGAAAUUGUGAUGGUUUUAAAUUUUAUUCGAGAGCAAAGGACGAAUUAUAUAGUUACCCGGAACUUCAAAAAAUUUCUGAUAAAAUUCUAAAAGCUGUGUGUUAUGUCUAUAACAUUAAGAGUGAUGUUGUUUUCCCUUAUGACACUCUCUGUGACUUUUUGUAUUUUUGGUUAGGGAAUACGUUAAUAAAUAAUUUAGAGGAAAAACAAUACUUUAAUGAAGUUAUUUAUGAUCUUUUUUAUUGGUUAUAUGUAUAUGAUAAUAAAGAUAUUUGUGAUUUUCCAUAUACUGAUUAUGAUGACUAUAAACUGGAUUUAGCCAUGACUAACCGAUCUUGUAAGAAAGAAUAUAAGAAUUACCUUACAACAUAUGUCGAUAAUUAUAAGCAAUUACAUAAAGAGUGUAAGUUAUUAAAUGAAAAGCAUAAGUAUUGUACAGAAUUUUUUAAUUAUUAUUAUGAUGAUGAGAUGCACAAGAAUUUAAUUUCUUGGUCAUGCAAUUUAACAGAAACUUUACCUGAAGCUAAACCCUUACCAGGUAAACUCGAGGUUGCAGAACAUCAAAAAAAAUUAGACUAUAGACCUAAACGUGUAGCACCAAAAAUAAAAAUGCAACAAAUACCUUUAAUAACACCAAAAAAACAUAUAAGAAAUCGGGCAUCAUUAGGACGUAUUUUGGAUGAUAUAACUCCUAGAAAAACUAUUCCUUCGGAUGAUAAAACCACUUCUAUUACAUCUAAAAGUAUCAAUAGUGUUGUCUCAGUUGCUGGAAUAUUAGUCCCUUCUUAUCUAGCGUACAGAUAUACGCCCGCUGGUACCUGGAUAAGAAAAUUAUUAGGAAGGAAUACAGAAACAAAUUAUAAUCCAUAUGUAAAUCAGGAGUUAAUGGAAAAUUUUUCUGUGCCUGAAGAUUUUUAUUCAGAGAGAAGUAGAUAUAAUAUAUCGUAUAGUCCUGAAUAA